GGGUACACCUGUCUCUGUCUGACCAUAGUCACCAAAGGGCUAACCUUGAGGACACCUGUGACCUGAACACUACCCUUCAGUAUAAGGGCAUCUACUACCUUGUUAGCCUUAGCCCCUCACUUCUUCUCUCUCUCUCUCUCUGUUAUGUUACUACCCUAACAAUUUUAACAAAUAAAGAACCAAAUUUUCACUCUUUUCUGCACUGCCAGUGAUGGGAGAUGGGUGCGCGGUUGAGAGCACCACGGGGAUUUCCAAUUCCAAUAACAACAACAAUAAGAAGAAGAACAAGAAGAAGAAGAGCAGGGGUGGGAGCAAGAAGAAGAUGACCCACGAGCAAGUUUUGGCCUUUAAGUUAGUGAGCGAGUGGGUUUUCUUGGAUCACCCUUCUGCUUCGUCUUCGUCUUCUUCUUCUUGUGUUGUCGAUGAUUUUGGUGUUCAGAAGCCUCUGGGGAGAGGCGGGGAGAAGCUCCUCUUUGAAUUGCAUUCUCACUCCAAAUUCAGUGAUGGCUUCUUCUCCCCUUCUAAAGUUGUUGAGAGAGCCCACCUCAACGGCGUGAAAGUUCUUGCUCUGACAGAUCAUGACACUAUGUCAGGCAUUCCUGAAGCUGUAGAAUCAGCUCGUAAAUAUGGCAUCAAGAUAAUCCCAGGUGUUGAAAUUAGUACCAUGUUUUCUCCAAGAGGAGACUCUGAAGUAAAGGAACCAGUUCACAUUUUAGCAUAUUACAGCAGUAUUGGACCAUCAAGGUUUGAGGAGCUGGAUAAGUUUCUAUCAAAUAUAAGGGAUGGACGUUUUCUUCGUGCGCAGAACAUUGUCUUAAAACUGAACAAGCUCAAAUUGCCUCUUAAAUGGGAGCACGUUUGCAGGAUUGCUGGCAAGGGGGUUGCCCCUGGGAGGCUUCAUGUCGCCCGUGCCAUGGUUGAGGCAGGUUAUGUAGAAAAUCUCAGACAAGCCUUUGCUCGGUAUCUUUUUGACGGUGGACCGGCUUAUGCCACGGGAAGUGAGCCUCUGGCAGAGGAAGCAAUAAAAAUGAUUUGUCAUACUGGGGGUGUGGCUGUUCUGGCUCAUCCAUGGGCAUUGAAAAAUCCAAUUCCCAUUAUUAGAGGGUUAAAAGAAGCUGGUCUUCAUGGGAUGGAGGUCUACAAAAGUGAUGGAAGGCUGGCAGCAUAUAGUGACUUGGCUGAUGCCUAUGGGCUUUUAAAGAUUGGAGGAUCAGAUUAUCACGGGAGAGGAGGGCACAAUGAAUCUGAGCUGGGAAGUGUGAACCUUCCAGUACUAGUGUUGCAUGACUUCCUUAUGGUAGCUCGGCCUAUCUGGUGCAAUGCCAUCAGGGAGAUAUUAGAGUGUUAUGCUGAGGAGCCUUCUGAUUCAAACCUAGCAACAAUUACAAGGUUUGGGAGAACCCGGAUUUUUAAGGGAGGCUCACCCUUGAGUUUUGGACAGGACUUGAUUGAUCAUUGUUUACCCCUCUGGUUGUCUAGCCAGGAGAUGGAAAAUGCAGGGUUUGAAGCUAUCAAGUUGAAGCUUUCCAAUGUUUCAGAUAGUCACGAAGGAAUUCAGGUUCUCAUAGAGACUAAAUAGAAGUUGUGCAUGCCACCUUUAUCAUUCCCAGUAUUGUUGGCAGCCAAAUCUUAAUAUUAAAUUUGUUAUUCAAGUUCAAAUGUCUGUUGAUUCUUUUGAAAAUUUUCUAUGAUCAUUGAGCAAACGUUUCUCAUAUUAUUGUUUUAUCUUCUACCGCUGAUGUUAUUUUCUUUUUUCUCUUUUUCUUAAUGCAAAUUUGUCAGAAAAGAUUGUAUCUAC